UGCACUUGAAAUUACCGUGGCCACUGGACGGGGGAAGGGAAGCUGAGAUUGGAGGGAGAAACAGUCAGAAACUGAGUUUUCAGAUAUUGUGUACAUAUGACAGCCCCUCCUGAGGACUCUGGCCACACAAAAACUCUAUCCAUGACCCACAUCUCACUGGACACCUGCACAUCUAACUUUGGACAUGUGCUGCUGUUUCAUGUGAGGCUGAAGACCUAACACAGCUUUGGUGCAAGUAAAGUAAACUGCAGCUUGCAGACGUGCGUACUGGAUUUGUCUUCAGUGCCAAAGUUAUGAAGUGUCUCGGACGGGGAGAGCCCAGCCCUGAAAAGCAAUGUCAUUAUCCAGCUUCUGUGUAUUUCUGAUGGGGUUGAGGAGUGAACCCACUGGCCAAGCAGAUCUGUGGAGGAGAGGAAGGGGGCAGGGUUCCAGGAAACUUGUCUAUUGAUGGAUAGCCAUUUCCUCCUGUCAGCUCUUGUAGACUGAUACCUGCCCAUUCCCCUCAGUGUACACACUCAAGGUUAGACUUUGGAGUGGCUAAUAAAACCAAGCUGCCAUCACACGCACAAUCAUCGCUGGCAGACAGAAAAAGAGGAUAUGAUGUGCUCAACAUGGAUUUCUUCUGCCAGUGACAGUUUAGUGAAAUCAUACUGGUGACUGUGGACGUUGCGUUCUCUGUGUAUAUGAGGCGAAAAGGAGAAAAGCAUAGAUACUUGCAGUCACUACAAAUGUGCACUACAGAAACCAUGGUGGUCCUUGAAUCAGCUCCUCAGCCCAUCUCAGUCCAUGACUUUAGAAGCCUUUAGAGGCCGGGAUCAGGAACACGCUCGCCAGCCCACACACUCAUAUGCAAUGGAAGAAGACAUUGAUGUCACCCACACUGAGGGCCUGAAUGGUUUGUCUCUUGAAUCUAAACCAUUAGACGAUAUCACCAAUGGACACUCCAACCAUAAGCCUGUCAUGAAUGGACUGAUAAUUAGUCAUAAUGUCAAAGACCACACGAACGGCAGCGCACCACUCAGAUCCCUGCCGAUUUCAGCACUGAAGCAGAAUGGUCUUCUGCAGACCCUGGCAGCCGGAGGGGACCAACCUAAGCCUGCAGAGGAAAAUGAGGAGUUGGAAAAGGCCAGAGAGGAGUGGGAGGCUCUGGAGAACGCCCAACCAGCUCUCACUGAGGACUCAAUCCCGACCCCGCUCAUCUCCUUCAAUGAAGCCCUGCAGUACUUCCAGACGACAGACCUCGGGGACUUGCUGAAGAACAUCCAGCCAACCAUUCGCAGGACAGGUCUGGCUGCGAUCACACACUUUCUCUUCGGACCUCCACGGCUGCACAGGGAACUCCUGGAGGAGAGGGAUCUGGUCUUUGCCAUCGCACAGUGCCAUGUGGACAACAGCCAAACAGUCCACAUGCGUGUCCUCCAGACCAUUUAUAAGAGGCUGAUUGGCAGCCGGCUGGACUGUCCUCGCUAUGGGGCGCACUGGGAAAACAUCGGUUUUCAGGGUACUGAUCCAGCCACUGACCUUCGUGGCUCUGGUUUCUUGGGACUGAUGCACACUCUGUACUUUGUGAUGGACCCAGAGACUUUACCGUUGGCCAGAGACAUCUACAAGUUAUCACAACACCCUACCCAGAACUUUCCAUUUUGUGUGAUGUCAAUCAACAUGACCCGCAUCGCUCUGCAAGUGCUCCGAGAGGAAGCCUUGUCGAAGGAGUGCAAUCGUCGCCAGCAAGUGGUUGGUGUGCUGAAUGAGUUCUACGUUGCCACGUAUCUUCACCUGUACCAACUGUGGAAGACCCAACAGAAGACCAUCGCAGACUCUGGCUUUGUACUAAAAGAAGUGGAGCUGUUUGCCAAAAAGAACCCCAAGCAGAUGCUGCGCCGACUAGAGGUCUUCCUGAAAGAGAGGCGGGCAGGUGGAAUCCCCCGUGGGACAUCGCCAGACCCUCAGGCCCAACAGCCCUCGCCCAGUCUGGGGGAACGAGUGGCCAGAGCUGGGACGGGACAGGGAGGCAAGGGAAAGGAGAUGCACUUCACGGGAGUGUGUGAUCUACCGCCAGACAUGGAGGGAGAGGCCAGACUCAUCUAAGCUAGACUCUGUGUGAGUGUUUGUGUGUGUGUGUGUGCGCGCGAGCAAUCCUGUUUGUGAGAAAAUCUAUUAUGGUAUGUAUGUGUGAGUGGCUUACUCUGAGCUAGAAUCCUACAAGACCCUGAUCUAGGACCUGCUAUCUGAACCCAUUCAAACACUUCCACUCCUUCCACUGAUGCUGGAGUGCUGCACUUUCAUCAGAUUAAGCUUGGGGGUCUUAUAGAGUUAUAUUUGAUUUUUCUUAUUCAUUUUUUAUUUAUUUAUUUUUUAACAGAGAACAUAGUCAAAUAUAAAGAGCUGAUACAGGUCAGAAACACAAAAUGUCACAAAAAUAACAAGAAAGUGAAUGUUUGCAUGUUUCUGUGGAUUUAGUAGCCAAAUCAAUAGCUGCCAAAUUCUUGUGGAUAAGCUCUACCUGCCUAGAAGUCCAAAACGUGUGUCCUUAGCAUCUCUUAGUCACGGUAUGUUAGUAUUGUAAAGGGGGGAGCACGGCACGGAGCGUCUUUUUAAAAGGCUCGGCGUUCUCUUUCGCUCCAAGAUACAGCUCCAUCACACGAGCACGCUAACAGCUCAUAAUGCAAGCUAAGGGCAGCAUUGUUAGGCCUAUUGUUAAGCGCUCUGUUAACUUUAUGGCGAUAAGCAAACAGAAGCAGGUUUUCUCUCAACGUGAGUGGAGAGCGGCAGAUUGAAAAACUGGAAGAGGUGACAGAAUCUUUGGAGCGGGGAACAGAAAUUAAUAGGAGAUGCUGUUCUCAAAUAUCGUACACGAUAUACUUUGAAGUCAGCUUGCUUUAACGGUCUGAUCGCUUUGCAUUGUACAUUAGAGCGUGAAUGAAAUAUACGUCAUGUGAAAGAUGUACAGUAAUGGACACUCAGUCCAGAUAGUUGCUGGUGUACUCGUGGUUUCUGUUGCAAGGGGUCUGAUAGACUAGGUCCAGAGCUCCAACUUAAUGUGGGGAAAUAUAUUUUAAAUAAUUUAAGAAAUAAUUAUAUUAGUCUUUUCUGAAGGGACAGCUAUUGUAACUUCACAGUUAUGUAUAAAAGCACUUCAGAAGUUUGUUAUUAAACUGAUGGCUAAGUGACCGUGAGAAGGAUAUCAACUUUUCGUGGUUAAAGCCAAGGAGACACUUCAUAACAGUCUGUGCGCUUGGCUUGGUCCCAGUUAAAGUCGAAGGUCUGGUAUGAGCUUUCUCUACAUUCCGUUAUAAAGCAUGUGAUUGUCUUUUUAUUUCUUUUUCUUUUUUUUGACCAGUUAAGAAUUGGGGUGUGUGUGUGUGUGUGUGUGUGUGUGUGUGUGUGUGUGUGUGUGUGUGUGUGUGUGUGUGUGUGUGUGUGUGUGUGUGUGAGAGAGAUAAAUGAAAUGAAUGAGCUGAUAUUGAUGAAGGGUGCCUCUCCCAGGAGAUGUAUGGUACAGUAUGCAAUCCCAGCUCUUACUCAAUGAUAAUCAAAACGAUAGUGCUGUGUGACGAUAGAAAUCGUUCCUAACUUCAGGGUUUGUGCGCUUGUGCAAGCGAAUGUGUUCGUAUGGACUGUGUAUAUGUGUGUGUCGUAUGACAGGAACUGACUACAGAUGGGGUGCUUUCCUCUGCACACAAUAAGCCAGCUUUACUAAGUACUUGAUCCAUCAAGCUGCAAAGACGGUACAUUUGUCAUUUUAAAAAUGGUACAUAACAUUUUUGAGGACAUGGUUUAUCCUGAAAGGUAUGCUUUUUAAAAAAAGCAGAUGUUGGUUCUGGACACGGCUGGUUUCAGCAGCUCUGUAGCCUGGAAUGGGUAGAGCUCCUCAGCAAAGCUGGUCCCUUCUUUGUGCUAAUGUGAAACCAUCUCCCAUCGUUGUAGUCUCAAUCUGUAGCAUGUUCAGGUAGCACUAGUACUGUAGCAUCCUAUAGCCUCCUCCUCUUCGUAAAGCUUGUUGAUGUCAUGUCUCAGUUACAGUCCGUAGUGUCAAUGAGUGCGCAAACUGUUACUACUAUAGCACAUUUAUUUCAUUAACUCUCCUUCAGUAGACACACAUUUAGGUGGCGCUGCGUAUGUUUUGGCAAGAUGUCAGAUAGGCUUGACAUGUUAUUGAGCUCAACCUUGUCUUCUUAGAAGGUCAAAAAAUGGUGCCUACAUUCAGUGGAGCCAUAUGGGGGUAGAGUGCUGGUUGGUCCUUGCUUCCUUUUUUUUGCUUGUCUUUCAUUUGAGGCACUGUGCCACAGUAGACUUCCUCCACUCACGUAACGCAGUAAACAGAGUUGAUGUGACCCCCUAAAAUGCUCCAAGGCCUAAUGGAUAUAUACAUAAAAUUACACAGGCAUGUACAUUUUCUGUGUCAACAUCUACUCACAUAGUUGUACUUUGCCAUCUCCCGUUUUCCACCAUAUGACUUCAAAAAUGAGCUGAUGUCGUUUAGCCAGUUGUUUGCGAGUGUUUUGAUUGAACAGGAAAUUUUGCACUGUUGUAGAUAUUUGAUAGUGUGUGAGACGUAUGCAAGAGGAAACGGGCCAUCUUCAAUAGCCAUAAUGUUCAUUAUCGCCCACCUCACUGAAACAGGCUUCGUGGAUUCCGAUUCCCCUCCUCGCUCUAAACUAUUGCACCACGGAUAUGAUCUCUCUCUGAUUUAGUUUUAUUAAAUUUUAAACUGAGGAGCAGUACAGCGUAUGUAAAUCAGGAAGUUUGUAUAUAGAGAAUUAAUGAUUGUAACUGUAUGAUUGUCUGUAGGGCAUUAUACUGAAACACAUUGCUUACCUCAAGACUUGAGACAAAUCUCUCCUUUCUUUCUUCUGAUGUUUGGCCUUCUCAGUCAGACUCUAUCUUUUUUUUUUUUUAAUGUUCCCUUGUACCUAGGCCUUCUCUCAUACCAAUUGGACAUGUUAUAUGAUGUAUAUUCAACACCUGAAGCACUACAUAAUAGCAAACUAACACAAAAGCUGGUCAAUGUUAUGUGUAUUCUAUUUAAAGACACAUUUAUAGACACUAUAUAGGCCCACACAAGCUCUAAUGCACAUCUGCAAAAAAAAAAAAAAUCCUUUUUAAAACAAUCUAUAAUUGGCUGAUGUUUACCAUGUUUGAAAUAAGCUGGUUUUGUUGUGGCUUCAGUGAUAGUACAGUAUAACUUUGCUGUGUUUAAGUGUUUGAUGUCAGGAAAACACUCAGUCCACCAAUCCAGUCUUUACAACUACAGUCAGAAACAAACCGUUCAAUAUAUGAUUGUAAAGAUAUAGGCUUGAUUAGCAGUCAUAAUACGGUGUAUGCUUUGACCUUGGUAUAUAUUCAGUAUCCAAUCAAGGCCUGAUUUAUCGUCUCAUAUUACCAAAAGUUAUAUUUUCAGCAGUUGUAAUUGAUCAUAUUCUAAUGCGUUGAUCAUUGUUUGGAAUCUCCUCCAUUGUGAAACCAGAACCAAGAGGAGAAAAAAUAAACGGGUUCUUGCAGGAUGUCGGAUGCUCUGAGAGGUGUGUUAUGAAGUUCUGCUUCCUGGUGCAGCAGCUCGGCAAAUACAAUCACUUCUCAAGACCCUGCGCUUUAUAUGAAGGUGUUUUACUGUUGCCGUCGUCGUCAUGUCCCUGAGAGCAUUUUAUGACUGUACCUUGAUUGUAGAAGCCCUAUUUUAUACUGAGAGUUAUUUCAGAAUACAGUAUGUGCUGUUGUACAUUAAAUGUAUUGUAUGGAGAAAGCUAAAUAAAUGCUGUUUAAAAACAAA